AUGCAAGCCAUUCGUCAAGAAGGUGAACAAGGAAAGCUCCGUCUUCUUUGCCGUCAUCGCUCUGGCUAUGGUAUGACCAAGCUUGAACAAAUGGGAUGUGAAAUCGUACAAGUUGACUAUAUGGACCAUGAUAAAGUCUGUCAGGCCUUAAAGGACUGUAGCAGCUUGUUAUUUAUCCCUGAAAACUCUGAUAAGCGACUCAAGGAAGCUGAAUGUGUUAUGAAGUGUGCCAAGAAAGAAGGUGUUGAGCAUAUGGCCAUGAUGUCUUUUAUUGGUGUUGACAAGCUGCAUCAUAAAGAAGAAGAAAGUGCUGGCUCUGAAUUCCAUAAUUUUAAGGAGUUUUGUCAAAUUGAAAAGAUGGUCCAGGAAUACUUUAGUGGUGAUAAACACUGCAUUGUUCGUCAUGCGUUGUACAACCAAUUCUUUUACUAUCUUGCUCCUCGUAUUGAGUCUGAAAGAGUCCUUGCCCUUCCUGUCAAGAAAGAUGUCAAAUGGUCUACAGUAGAUUUGAAUGAUAUCUGUGAAGGUGUCUUUAUGUUGGCCAAGAAGCAACAUCAAAAACUUAGAGGAAGUCAACAAGAACAAGGAGAAAUUUAUCAUAAGCGUACUUACAACUUUGUGAUGCAUCCUAUGCCUGCUGAACAUAUGGCCCGUGAAAUUUCUGAAGGUUUGCAAGUUAAGGAACUGCACUUUAAGGAAGUCUCUGAAGACGAAAUCAAGCAGUUCCUCAAAAAGAUGAAGGAUGAUAAGAUGUUCCAAGAGCGUCCAAGCAAUGACAAUGAUUUUAAGAAGGGCAAGGAUGGCUAUUGGUCUUUCCCUAUUGGCAAAUUCAUCAAUGAAAAAAAGAUUGAAACUAUGAUUGAAUACAUGCGAUUGGCCAAUAAGCGAUGUUUGGAGGACUAUCAUGAUGACCUUGAAAAAGUCUUGGAACGCAAGCCUCAUUCUAUGAAGCAUUACUUUGAAGUCAACCGUGAUCAAUUCAAGCGCUUCAAAUAA